CAGAAGUUUGACAUAUUGAAACUCUUUUUUAAGUGUUUGGAGCGGCCGUUUUUUGCCACUGUCUUUCUCCAAGGCGGAACCAGCUUUCCUCAACGUCUGGGCCAUGCGCUCGUAAUGCCAAUGCUUGCGUUUCGCAAGGGCUUCACAUCAAGCGAUAUAGCGUCCCUCAAAAUAUCAUCAUCUUUUGAACAUGGAUUCAAUGAAACACUGCGCAUAGUGGAACGAAACGGAAACCUCGACAGAUUCCAUAGAAAAACCGCUGAUCCAACCAUCUUCCAAGCCGCAUACUUCAGUCGAAUAUAUCUCGUAGUGAACUCUGUGGACUGGUAGACAUCCAUGUUGCAAUCACGAACGCGAUCUGACGACCGAGAACGCAUCUCAUCUUCCAGCCACGGCCUCCAGGACCACCGUAUACCAGCCAAGCGCUAUGUUCCAAAGCCCCCGGACUUUAGCCGACGACGCCUCGCCAAGGAUACAGUCCCGUCUUUGGCGGCCUUCUCGGCGAUUGCAGUAGUGAGGCACCAGCAUCAAUUUGUUUCUUUAGCCGGCGUUCCCUGGGACCCUUGUGGAAAACUGAUAUGGGCGCUCUUACACGAACGGCACAUGGUUCCAACAGGCGACCUACUAUCUGCCUUUCUAGAAGAAUAUCCCCAUCUCAGAGAACAAAACUCUAUUCUGUUUAUACGAGGCAGCCCCCAGCAGGAUUCCCUCUGCCGGCUAUCGAACGCUAAUUCCCCCGUCUCACGGUAUCUUGUGCACCUGAAUCUCAGCGGAUCUUCUUUCAACGAUGAGAUGACUUGCCAUAUUGCACAUCUAUCAAACCUGCGUUUUCUGGACAUUUCAAAGACUGCCGUGGGAGAUAACGGUCUGAUGGCUCUGUUGAGACCGACAAUGUACAAUGCCCACACCGACGAGCCUUGCCUGAGAUCAUUGCAAUGCCUCAAUAUUUCACAUACCGGUUUAUCCGAUGUCUGCAUUCCAUAUUUGGUGCGAGCUCCUUCCCUGGAUGCGUUGGACGUAACCGGGUCAUAUAUUUCGUUAUCUUCUUUGUUUUUGCGAUAUGGUUGGAUCCGUCUUCCCAAGGCAGUCCCGAUUUUCAACUUUCAGGUUCCGAUGAGCCGUGAAGAAUUGACACUUCUGCUGCGUGCUGAAGGCGCCGAUCCAGAUAUUCUCGCUAACCCCGAUAUCAUUAUGCGUGCAUGGAUCGUGCCAGAACUUGUCGCAGCAGCAGCGAGAAGUGAAAUGUGGCACUACGUCAUGGGCAUCCCCUUGGGUAGGAGCCUACCACCUUGUUAUAUGCAACAAAAGGAGGCCAUGAACACGGAAUGCGGGAUGAGGCUCGUGAAACUAGGGAAUAAGCAUUCUCUGGGGCAACUGCCUGCGUCGAUCGCAGAAGGGAACAAAGAGGAAAGAGGCCUGGCAGUUCGUAAACGGAAAUGGAUCGCAGACUACCCAAAUGUCGCUGGAACUAAAUCCUCGACCCCACCUGCAACCAUUCACCGAACCUGUCCCCGCAUACCGAAAGGGAUCAUGCACUUGGCAGCAAUAAAGAGAAAAUAACAACUCUGCGUUCUGAUUAAAUAAUGUAUGUAGAUUAUUGCCACAUUAUUGAGGAUAGUUUAUGCGUGUAUAUACAGAAAAGGGAACUACCAGAAGAACUAGCAAAUAAUAUUUCCAUCACAGCAAACAACAAGGGUAAUCACAAAAAGG